GUUAACAUGGCUUCGAAAGGACAGGCCGACAGUUUGAGCGAGGAGGUGAUUUGUCCCACCUGCCUGGAUUUCUUCACCGAUCCGGUAUCACUGGAGUGCGGACACAACUUCUGUCGCUCUUGUAUCACACGGUGUUGGGAAAGGGAGGAGAGAAACUCCUGCCCGGAAUGUAGAGAGGUGUUUGCUGACCGCACCCUCAGGGUGAAUCGGGCCUUAGCAAAUCUGGCUGAAAAAGUUCGGAAUCUAAGCCUGAACCCGAAAAGGAAGGAAAUUAAACAUCACUGCGAGGAACAUGAGGAAGAACUGAAGUUGUUUUGUGAAACGGACAAGACACUGAUCUGUCUGGUCUGUAGAGACGCGCAGGAACACAGAGAGCACCGCUUCAUGCCGAUUAAAGAAGCUGUUAAAAACUACAAGGAACAGUCACACAGCGUUCAGUCCCACAUCACAUCCCAGUUUGCUGAACUGCGCCAGAUUAUCACUGAGAAAGAGCAGAGCUUACUGAGGGAUCUCAGGGAAGAAGAGAAGAGGAUUCUCAACCCAAUGGAGAAAAAUCUCCUAGCUCUUCAAGAGAAUAUAAGGAUUAUUCAGGGGGAAAUCACUAAAUUAAAGGAACAGAUGGAUCAAAAAGACAGUGUGAUAUUUCUCAAGGAGGAAGCUCGUCGGAACAGAAGGAUUAAUGACAAUAUCCAGGAAUUGUCAGUGACAAAUGAGACCUUACCUGUUGAAAAAUUCGAUCACCUCUAUUUGUUGAACACAGUCCUGAGAGAAACGCUUGAUGCUAUUAAUCGAGUCUCUGUCACCCUGGAUGUGGAAACGGCGCAUCCGUGUCUCGAGGUGUCUGAGGAUCGGAAGAGUGUGAGAUGGACCGAGUCCCGGAGGAAUCUCCCUGACACCGGGAAGAGAUUCACAAACUGGGCUUGUGUGCUGGGAUCUGAGGGAUUCCCAUCGGGGAGACAUCACUGGGAGGUGGAGGUGACGGGGAAUCGGUACUGGUGUCUGGGAGUCGCCGCAGAGUCUGUGGAGAGGAAGAGACCGCUUUCCCACCACAGAUGUAAGGCUCAAUGGUCUAUAAUUAUCGGGACUAUCCUUACUAUCCUUUUUGAACAAGGGGACAACAUUCGCCUCCCUCCAAUACUCCGGUACAAUUCCCGUGGACAAUGGGGACAUAAUGAUCUUCGCCAGAGGCUCAGCAAUCUAUUUCCUUGCCUCGGAUGCAGAACUGGGAAGCGCAGAUGGAGUUCAACACAGAUGAAGAGGUUCAUUUCUGCAGGUCAAAUUUGAACACAGAAUAUAAUAUUAAUGGUAAGACUCUUGGCAUUGUGGACGGUCAGAGAGAUCUUGGGGUCCAUGUCCAUACGACACUCAAAGCUGCUGUGGAGGUUGGCAGUGUGGUUAGGAAGGGGUCUGGUGUGAUGGCCUUUAUCAACCGUGGGAUUGAGUUCAAGAGCUGUGAGGUGAUGUUGAAGCGAUAUUUCUCCUAACCUGUACAUAAGUAAUUGUACCCCAACACGGCAGGGCUGUGCACUUAGUUGGACCCCACUUGGGAGUCCUGUGUUCAGUUCCAGUGGCCUCACGACAGGAAGGAUGUGGAUACUGUAGAGAGUGUAGAGUAGAUUUACAAGGAUGUUGCUCUUGGAUUGUAGAGCAUGCCUUAUGAGAACAGAUUGAGUGAACUUAGCCUUCUUGGAGCGACGGAGGAUGAGAGGUGACGUGAUAGAGGUGUAUAAGAUGGUGAGAGGCUUUGACCAUGUGGAUAGCCAGAGGCAUUUUCCAAGGCUUGAAGUGCCUAACAUGUGGGGACGUAGUUUUAGCUGCUUAGAAGUCGGUACUGAGGGAAUGUCAGGGGUAAGUUUCUUACACACAGAGUGGUGGGUGCGUGGAAUGCACUGCCGGCAGUGAUGGUGGAGGUGGAUACAACAGGAUAUUUUAAUAGACUCUUAGAUAGCGUCACGGAGGUUAGAAACACAGAGGGCUAUAUGAUCGGGAAAUCCGAGGCAGUCUCUAGAGUAGGUUACAUGGUCGGUACAACAUUGUGGGCUGAAGAGCCUGUAAUGUGCUGUAGAUUUCUGUGUUCUGUGUCAAAGACAGGCAGAGGGAUUAGUUUAAAUGGACAGGAAGACAGCAUGAGAAGGUUGGGCCGAAAGGCCUGUGUUAGCGCCGUAAGUGACGGGUUCUGUCCCAGCCAUCGACUCUAUUCCCCUCAACAGAUGCUGCCUGACAUGAUAACGUUCUUGAAAAGUUGCAUUCAGUUCCGCUUAGCAUUCUGUACAAAGGAUGUUUUGUGCUGGAAGAGUGCAGAGGAGAUUCAUCAUGAUUGAGGGGGCUUCUGUUCAUAAGUCCAUAAGGCAUAGGAACAGAAUUAGGCCAUUCAGCCCAUUGAGUCAGCUACCUUUCCAUCAUGGCUGAUCCCAGAUCGCACUCAAUUCCAGAUAUCUGACCUCCCGCCAUAUCCUUUGAUGCCCUGACCGAUCAGGAAACGAUCAACUUCCACCUUGAAUAUACCCACACACUCGGCCUCCACCGCAGUCUGUCGCAGAGCAUUCCACAGAUCCAAUACUCUCUGGCUAAUAAAAAAAUAAGCUGCUUACCUCUGUUUGAAAAGGUGGCCCCUCAACUUUGUGGCUGGGCCCCACCACAGGAAAUACCUCCUCCACAUCCACCUUAUCCAGUCCUUUCAACAUUCGGUAGGUUUCAAUGAGAUGCCCCGCAUUUUUCUGAGUUGCAGUGAGCACAGGGUCAGAGCUGCCAAGUGCUCCUCAUAUUUUAACCCCUUCAUUCCCGAAAUCAUCUUUCUGAACCUCCUCUGGACUCUCUCCAAUGACAACACAUCCUGUCUGAGAUGUGUGGCCCAACACUGUUGACAAUACUCCAAGUGUGGCCUGACUAGAGUCUUAUAAAGCCUCAGCAUUAUCUCGUUGCUGUUAUAUUCAUGGGGUGAGAUUGGACUGUGUUGAUCUACAGGGGGAUCUUGGAAUCCGAGUUCAUAACUCCCAGAUAGUGGUUCCAUUGUCAGGCAGUUAUGUUGCAGUUGUAUAAAUCUCUAGUUUAACCACAUCUGGAGAAUUGAAUUUGAAGACAGGAAUAAUGCGGAGGUUUUGGAUGGUGAGUGGAAGAGGCUUAACAGGAUGCUGCUUGGAUAAAGUGAGACCGGACAAUCUCGGGGAAUUUUCUCCGGAGUGGCAGAGGCUGAGGGAGGUCUGACAGACGUUUACAGGAAUGUGAGAGACACAGACAAAGUGGACAGCCGGGAUUUUCUCUCUAAGGAGGAAAUGUCCAAUGCCAGUGGGCAUGAACUUCAGGGGAAAGGGGGAACACAUCCUCAUUGGACCUUUUUGCACUAUUGAAGUAUUUUGUAAUUUAGUGCAUUUUGUACCUUUUCUCUGCAUAGCUGCUGUUGGAAAAAAAAACAAUUAGAAAAGACAAUAAUGUUAAAAACCUGGAUGUUAAAAAUCAGGAUGUUUAAAGAAGAUUUGCGGUUCAAGUUUUGUUUUUCAUUCCCAGAGUGGUGGGUGUCUGGAGUGAAUAUCGGGUGGUGGUGGAGGCAGAUGUGAUAGAGGCUGUUGGAUACCACGUGGAUGAGAGGAGAAUGGAGGGAUGUGCUCCUUGUGUAGGCAGAAGGGAUUGGUUUAGUAAGGCAUGAAGUGACCAGUUCAAUUGGUUCAGAACAACCCAGUGAGCAGAAGGGCCUGUUCAAGGACAAGUACAGCAAGCAGAACAGGUAAACUGGAUAAAGUGAUCCCACUCAGAGAACAGAUUGUGACGUCAGUGGAUAUAUGCCGGCAUCACAGUUCUCUCACCAAAGAUACUUCACUGCUGGAUAAAAUGAAGUUUGUGAAGUUUAUAACCAAUCGGGUGAAUUGUACUGAUCAGGCAUCCCAUCCUACUGAGGAAAUUAAAAUUAUUGUGAAAGCUGCAGAAAGGUAUCUUGGUGUAACUGGUGUUAUGUGGGAAGCUGUAAAUGAUGCUCUGAGUUGUGGGGGUUUCUGCAUCCCAGUCUACUUGUGAAGAUAUGUAAUGGGAUUGAAAUAUUGAAGUGAAAUGCAAGAAGCCUGAUUUUACAUGGUCAACACUUUCAGCAGUUUAUUUCUGAUUGGUCAGAUUCUUCCGAUGUUAUAUCUGUUCAGGAAACCUGCACAUUUUAAGUUUUAUUCCUGUGCAGGAUUAUAUUGUCAUUUGGCUUGACAGGUCAGUUGGUAGAGGGGUGGUGUUGUCAGUUUUAUAAGGAAAGGGGCAGAGUAUAGUGUUGUGAAUGGGAAUAAAAUGCAUCAUGAACUUGUCGAAAAUCUUGAUUCAACAGGUAUGUGUGUAAUUUUCUUUUGAAAAAUAUUAGCUUUCUGAAUCGUAUUUGGAGGUUUGGCUAUCCACUUUUCUCAUGGAAAAUGGUUGUAGUAGUUCCCAUUCUAAAACCUGGAUCUCCCCGUCUGAUCCUCCUUGUAGGCCAAUAUCAUUAAAGUCUCAUUUAUGUAAACUUGUAGAAUGUAUGGUAAUCGAAUGUUUGAAUUAUAUUUUCGAUAAAAGAGGUAAAUUCACGUUUUAUCAGAGGAGAAUUUGGAACGGUAGAAUAAGACCAUAAGACAAAGGAGCAGAAGUCGGUCAUUCAGCCCAUCGACUCUGUUCUGCCAAUUCAUCAUGAGCUGAUCCAUUCUCCCAUUUAGUCCCACUCCCCCACCUUCUCACCAUAACCGUUGAUACCCUGGCUACUCAGAUACCUAGCAAUCUCUGCCUUAAAUAACAUUGGAAUCAGUUUGGGUUUGGAAGAUCAUAAUAGGAAAGUACAGUUAAAUAAAGAUGUUGUAAUAGCAAUAUUUUUGAUAUUGAAAAGGCAAAUGAUAUUUAUUGAAGGAUGGACUUUUGAUUAAUUUUUGGAAAUGCAAAUGAGAGGGCUAUUGUACAAUUUUUUCUGAUUGUUUCUAUUUGUACGUCUUGUAAAGGUCUGGAUGGGCAAGUAUGACAUUGAAUUCAUGUUUAUAUUUGGAAGAUGGUAUUAGUAAAGCCAGUUAAAUAUAGAUGUUGUAACAGCAGUAUUUUUACUAUUCAAAAGGCAGAUGGUAUUUCUGUAAGGAAAGAAUUUUUAUGAAAUUGUGGAAAUGAGGAUGGAGGGGCUAUUAUCUAACUUUGAGUUGUUUUAAUUGAACGUUUUGUGUCAGGUAUGGGUGGGAAAGUUAUAUUCAGGUUGUUAUGAGAUAGAGACUGGGAUCCCACAGGCAGUAUUUAUUAUUUUAUAUUGUUAUGAAUCCCGUAACUGGAGAACUUACCAGCAGAGAUAGAGAGGUCCGUUGCAGUCUGAUGUCACUAUUUUCAAACGUUUUACUCGUAAAGGGACACAAAAGUAGGGUUAAUACAUACAUUUAGAUAGUGCACAUUGUCAACAUUCAAUCUAAAGCGCGGGUAUAGUAAUCAUCAUCAUUAAGAAGUGAGCUCUGCUGGUGUCUAGGGGUUAAUAGAUUGUCCGUUGGAAAUAUAAAAGUCAGUCUGAAAGUCUGCAGGCCGCAGCCCUUUGAAAAUCGCUGGGUUUUGCGUGGGGCGACCGAGAGAGAGAGAUUGGGUGGGGGAGAAGAGAAAGAACUUGCCGAGUCUUGAUGAAUCUUCGGUGAAAUCGGGGAAGCGUUGGUUCCCUCUCCCCGAUGUUAGUUAAAAGCGGUUUCCUGUGAUUCCAGCCACAAAUUCCAAUCCCGGAAUCUAACGCACGUGGCUUCCUUCAGAAUGGCAUCCCGCUACUGCGGGAUCGCUCUCUCGUGUCUUCUGGGUGCGUCUAAGGGACUGUCCCCCUGAGACUCUCCUUUAUACUUCCUCACGGGGUCGCAGGUGUCAAUCAGGUUGGGAUGAUGCAAUCUCUCUCUCAACCAGCCCACCUUGCCCAAGGGCUUUUCACGUGGUCUCCAUGAGACAAUAGUUGCUGGCAUCUUAUUCUGUAUCCCUGGUGGGACGUGCAAUUUUUCACGUUCCUCUCUCUCUUACUUCCUGGGUCUACUGACCCCCCCCCUCCUCAAAGGGUGCUCUUGCGAUUCUCACAAAGGAGGGGGCUGGGAUCAUAACAAUAUUAUAAUUAAUAAUAUUUUUCUCUGAGACAGGUUUUUCAUUGUGUAAAUCUCUAUGUGCAGAUGAUGGAGGUUUAUGGAUUAGAGGUAGAAAUUUCACUUUUACUGUAUAUAGGAUGCUUUAGCAAUUAGUAAGGUCGAACAGUCGGCGACUAGAUGGGAUUUAAGCUUUCAGUAGCAAAAACACAAGUUAUGUGCUUUACAAACAGGAUUAAUGGACCUGCACUUGAUUGGAAAUGAUAUGGUCAAACUCCUUAAAAGGUGUCAAUGGUGAGAUUUCCAGGCAUGUGGACAGAUAAUAAGCUGACAUUGAAGCACCGGAUCAGAAAAUAAUUGAUAAAUGUAAAGAAACAUUAAAUACUCUUCGUUAUCCCUGUGAGUAUUCUUGGGUGUGACAUGAAAAUAUUUGAUGAUCAAUCUCGUUUGUUUAAUUGGAUCUGUUCUUGAUUAUGUUUGUGGUUUAUAGAUCACCUUCCUCUUCAACUUUAUGAUGUUUGGGUGUGAUUCAUUUCGUGCUUUAAGAUUGUGUUGUGGUUAAGUCAGGUCGUCCCCUGAUUCGGCUUUACUGGUUGAAAUGGGACAAUUGCCCUUCCAGGGACAGAGGUGGAAGUUGACGUAAACAAAUUGGAUUGAACAUCCUGUGCUAAAGGGUGGUGGGGAACAUCACAAGAAGAAUGCUUUUAGUUCUGGGUGGCUGGGUUCUUAUCACGCUGGGAAUAUGAGUGUAUUGGAUGAUACAAUAUGUCCCACUGUAGCUUUCUCAGUAACCCCACUUUGUUGUUUUUUCCAACGACUGUAGUUAAUUUUAGGUUACACAAUUGGAUUCCGUUCUGCCUGAGAGUCUGUUGGUUCACGAGUAUAUUAAUGAAAGUUAUUAUCAUACGGUCAGCAUUUUUACAGAUGGGUUAAAACGUAAUUUAACUGGGAAUGUUAGUGUGUCUGUUCUCAUUUUUUGUGUGUGCCUGAGUUGCAGGCAAUGAUAAAGAAAUCACUUACCAGCCAUUUGUGGGUAUAUGAAGCAGAAUUCUUUGCUUUGAUUUUAGGGUUACAGUGUGUGGAGGAAAUUGGUCCUUGCAAACUUGUAAUUUGUUCAGAUUCUCUUUCGGUUUUGAU